AUUUCACAUAAGUGACGAUUUUUCCUCCAAAUUCGAGUAAGAUUAAAAUUCGUCGCAUCCUUUCUGCCGCGAGAGAGAAGAUAACAGUUUUGAUCAAAAUGAACAUCUUCUCCAAAAAACCUACUCCCCGAGAGGUGGUCCGGGAGAGUAAACGAGAAAUGACCAACGCUACCAGAGGCAUAGAGAAGGAGAUCAACGCAUUGCAACUAGAGGAAAAGAAGCUUGUUGCUGAGAUUAAAAGAACUGCUAAAACAGGGAAUGAUGCUGCAACCAAAAUUCUUGCGCGCCAGUUAAUCCGGCUUCGGCAACAAAUAGCCAACUUACAGAGUAGUCGAGCUCAGAUGAGAGGUAUAGCGACUCAUACUCAGGCAAUGUCUGCACAAACUUCUGUAGCUGUUGGUAUGAAGGGUGCCAGUAAAGCUAUGUCAGCAAUGAAUAAGCAAAUGGCUCCGGCAAAACAGGCGAAGGUGAUUCAGGAAUUCCAAAGGCAAUCAGCACAAAUGGAUAUGACUACUGAAAUGAUGUCAGAUGCCAUUGAUGAUGCUUUGGAUAAUGAUGAGGCUGAGGAUGAGACAGAAGAGUUGACAAACCAGGUGCUAGAUGAAAUUGGUGUUGAUGUUGCUUCACAGUUAUCAUCUGCUCCCAAAGGAAAAAUUGCUGGGAAGAACACUGAAGGUGCCAGCAGUUCAAACGUCGAUGAACUCGAGAAGAGGCUGGCUGCCCUCAGGAAUCCUUGAAUUACAAAUUGGAUUGGGUGCUGCAAUUUCCAUUUAAUAUCACAAUUGUGCUCAUAGUUAUUUAUUGACUAGCAGUUUGUCCUCCUUCGGCGUCUAUCAAAUUUUUUCCUAGUGGUUAACAUGGAAUAGUUUUAAUCUAAUGUUACCAAAUGUUUGUCUAACAUCUCUGACUUUGCUUUACGAUGAUAAUAACAAUUGUUAAGGUUUCUUAAA